AUGCCGCGAUGCGGUAGGAUUCUGGGCCCUGGGUCCCGGCUGGUAGCCGUGGCCCUCGCUGCCAUGGCCAUGGUGCAGGGAGCUGCGGGAGCCGAUAUCCUGCAGACCAUUGGAUUCAGCAACUGCGGUGCCGACGCCAAUAUUCAGGUCCAGAAAGUCGACAUCCAGUACAACAACGAGAAGAAGACGGUGUCGUUCGAUGUCGCCGGCUCAAGUUCUCGCAUUCAGAAUGUUACCGCCAUCCUGAACGUGACGGCAUAUGGCCAGCAGGUGUAUUCCAACACCUUCAACCCUUGUGCUAGGGGCACAUUCGUUUCCCAGCUGUGCCCAGGUAUGCUU